AUGAUUGAAGGAGUUAUUGCUGCCCAUAAUCCAACCUGGAGCGACAUCCAGCAACUAAUGGGCUACCUCCUCACAACUGAACAGAGACUGCAGAUCCAAGCCAAUUUGGAAGAGGCUGCAGGAAUCCGAGGGCAGUUAGACAACCAACCAGACUCCCAGGUGACCCUCGCCAAGUAUGCACCUCGACUAGACCCAAGAUGGGACAUCCAAAAUGCAGAUCACCGGGCCCUUCAACGUGAAUACCAGCAGGCUUUCAUAGAGGCCGUGAAAAAAGGCAGACGAAAGAUGAUGAAUAUGCAAAAAAUACAUGAUGUAGUACAACAGAAAGAAGAAAGCCCGGGGAUGUUCCUUGAAAGACUGAUGAAAGCCUACCGCCGAUAUACUCCCAUAGACCCUGAACAUCCGAACAACAGGCAGACCGUAGUUCUCUCCUUCGUGUCACAAGCAGCCCCAGAUAUUAGAAAGAAAUUACAGAAGGCAGAUGGGUUUGAAGGAAUGUCACUAACGCAACUGAAAGCCUUGGCUGACCGAGUUUAUGUCAACCGGGAGGUUGAAGAGAAAAAAGAGCAGGUUAAGUUGAUGAAGGAAAAAGCCAGCCUCAUUGCGGCCGCCCUGCGCCCGGAAGUUCCCCAACUGACAGAUAAGAGAUCACACCGGCCAGUCCUAGGCCGAAAUCAGUGUGCAUACUGCAAAGAAGAGGGCCACUGGAAGACAGAGUGCCCCAAGAAAACUUCCGUGCCAGUUGUGGGGGCAGGAGGCCAGGUUUUACGAGCACCCUGUUUCAAGCCCCAAGGGAUCCAGAUAGGAGCCUGCGCCACGAAACAUGAAUUCAUCCUGAUCCCGUCCUGCCCCAUACCACUUAUCGGAAGAGACCUCCUUUGUAAAGUCCAAGCGACCCUGUCUUUCCAUCCAGAUGGCAAGGUCACAGGUACUGCUGGAGGGCAGCCACUUGUCAUCACCUGUCCCCUCAGAGAAGCGUGGAGAAUGGGACCUUCUAUGGGCCUCUGCGCUCCACUCCACACUAUCCAUACCGAAGUCGCCCUUCGAGUCAUCCGAGCCGUGCCAGGGGUCUGGGCCGAAAACAAUCCCAGAGGGUUAGCAUUGUCAGCUUAUCCUGUCAUCACUGAUCUGAAGCCCACUCAUGUUAUUGUUAACCAGCCACAGUACCCCAUUCCCUUAGAAGCCAGAGUUUCAAUGCAUGAGCACCUUGAAAAACUGCUGCAACUUGAAGUCCUGGUCCCCACCGUUUCACCCUGGAACACACCCCUCCUCCCAGUCAAGAAACCGGGCACUAACCAGUACAGACCAGUUCAAGACCUUCGCCUUGUGAACCAGCAGACGAAAGACAUCGCAGCCACAGUAGCAGACCCCUACUCCCUCAUCGGACUGAUACCAGGUGACAGCCUAUGGUAUUCGGUCAUCGACCUCAAAGACGCCUUCUUCACGGUUCCCUUGCACCCUGAUUCCCAGAAAAUCUUUGCCUUCACAUGGGAACACCCCCGGACAGGGCGAAAGAGACAAUUCACGUGGUCCCGCCUCCCACAAGGUUUCAAGAAUUCCCCAACUCUCUUUAGCCGCCAAUUGGCCGGGGAUUUGCAAAAAUACCAGGAAGAAGUUGGCCUAGUCCUCCAAUAUGUAGAUGACCUCCUUUUGCCCCGGCAUACUGAAGAGACCUGCCUCCUUGACACCAUUGCCCUGCUCAGACAUCUGGAGACUGCAGGUUACCGUGCUAGUCAAACCAAAGCCCAAAUCUGUAAACAAGAAGUGACAUAUCUGGGGUUUAUCUGCCGGAUCUGGAUCCUGAACUACGCCGCCCUGACACAGUCCCUCUAUGAACUCUUGAAACAGAAAGUCCCUGAAUCCGGGACCCUAGACUGGACAUCUGAAGCAAAAGAGAGCCUCCGGAAUCUUAAAUCAGCCCUUACCAGUCCACCCGCUCUAGGACUACCUGAUAUCAGCAAGCCCUUCCACCUGUAUGUAGACGAAAGGAAGGGCACAGCCGUGGGCGUUCUGACCCAGAGAGUGGGUUCGUGGAAUCGGCCUGUAGCAUACCUAAGCAAGAAUACUGAUCCUGUGAGCAGAGGUUGGCCAGGAUGUCUCCGAUGUAUCGCCGCCGCAUGCCUGCUCUUAACUGAAGCCAUUAAACUUACCUAUGGGCAGCACAUAGAAAUCACUGCCUCACACUCCAUGAAAGCUCUGCUAGAAACCCACGGACCAAAGUGGAUGACCAACUCCCGACUUGUCAAAUACCGAGCGCUGCUGUGUGAGAACCCUAACGUGCAAGUGAAUGACUGCGUAGCCCUGAAUCCUGCGACUCUGAUGCCUUUGCCUGAGCCAGUUAUACAUGAUUGCCAAGAAAUAAUGGACACUGUCCAUUCUAGCAGACCCGACCUAAAAGACAGUCCUGUGCCUGGCAGCAUCAUCCUUUUUACUGAUGGAAGCAGUUUUGUCCAGCACGGUGUCAGAAAGGCGGGUUACGCCAUAGUAACAGAAGAUGAGGUCCUAAUCGCUGAAGCGCUUCCACCUGGCACGUCCGCUCAGAAAGCUGAACUCUUAGCUUUAAUCGCUGCACUAGAAUGGGGAAGAGAAAAGAAGAUCACGGUCUACACAGAUUCAAAAUAUGCAUUUCUUACUCUCCAAGUACACGGAGCAUUGUACCGAGAGCGAGGGUUCCUCACAGCCGAAGGAAGAGAAAUAGCACAUUCACAAGAGAUCCAGAGGCUCUUACAAGCUGUAUGGCUACCAGAGAAGGUUGCGGUGAUUCACUGCAGAGCACACACCGGGAAAUCUAACCCAAUUGCUCGAGGGAACCAGAGGGCGGAUCAGGCUGCCAAAGACGCCGCCAACCAGCCAGUACGAGAAACAAGCCACGCCCUCUUGAUUUCCCUGCCACCUCUUGCCAUGACGCCUCCAACUGCGGUGUACCACAUGCACAGACAAUGCCAUCUAGGCAAAGAAGCCCUUCGGCAUCUGAUCGAAAAGACCAUGUACAUAGACAAGUUAGCCACCCACUGCAUGGAAGCUUCCAAAAGAUGUGUCACCUGUGCACGAAAUAACCCAAAGAAAGGACCUGUGCUUCCCCCAGGCCAGAUACUCCGAGGCAGCCGACCCUUUCAAGUUAUGCAAAUUGACUUCACCCACAUGCCGCCAGCUGGAGGCUACAAGGUCGCCCUCGUAGCCGUAUGCACGUUCUCGGGAUGGGUAGAAGCAUGGCCAGUCAGAUCAGAAGGGGCAAGAGAAGUAGCGAAACACCUGAUCCAAGACCUCAUCCCUCGCUAUGGCCUGCCCCAGCAGCUGAACUCUGACAAUGGACCAGCUUUCCAAGCCGAGCUCACUGAAAAACUUAGCAAAGCACUUCAUAUAGACUGGAAGCUACACUGUGCUUGGAGACCGCAGAGCAGCGGGGCAGUAGAAAGAGCCAACCAGACCCUGAAACUACACCUUCGCAAAAUGUGCGCAGAAACACACUCUAAAUGGACUCAGAUGCUCCCUGUUGCCUUGCUCCACAUGAGGUGCACCCCCCGAAGUAACGGGCUGACUCCAUAUGAACUAGUCUAUGCCAGGCCUCCGCCGCUGCCAGCUACAGUCGAGACCCUGCCACUUCGUGGCGAGAUCAACCUUAAUCGGAUUCUAAAAGAACUGAAUCAGACAGUGCUAGAAAUGAGCCAGCAUACUGAACAGACUCCCUUAGGAAUAGUUAUCCCUGUUCAUGGCUUCAAGCCUGGGGAUGAAGUCUGGGUAAAGAGUUAUAAAGAAAGCCUGUUAGGGAAGACAUGGGACGGGCCAUAUACCAUUAUACUGACUACUCCUACUGCUUUAAAGGUCCAAGGGAAUUCCAGUUGG